GCGCAGUCCUCCGCGCAUGCGCAGUGCGACACUGCGGUCCCCAGCGCUUUAGGCUGUGUGGUGCGUUUGUUGUGUCUGCUGGCCUGGAUUGGACAAAUCAAGACUGCCGAUACCCUGUUAGUAUAGACAAAUAAACACCAUUGAUCUGAUAAACAACGUCAGUCUUCAGAGCUUCCUGAUUGACUUGCAGCUCCACAGUCCCUCACCGUGACAUUUGUCAGAAUGGCUCUGAUCUCCAUCGAGGACCUCGCCGGAUUGGACGAUGAGCAGGUGGACGAUGACAUCACCGACAGCUCUGAGCCAAUGGAUGAGGAGCAGCAGGACAGAAUGUAUGCCCACUGGCAGGCGGUGGGAAGGACACACCAUGUGUCUGUUCCCGGAGAGAUGAGGGGACCCAUUGAGGAGAUGACGAGGAGGAACCAGACCUCAGAACGAGAGCCAGUGCCUUCUGUCACCAUUUCCAGACACGAGAAGCUUGGCGAGGUCUUGUACGAGGAGAGAGUGUAUCCUCCAGGAAAGUGGGCAUGUGUCAGUAAAGCAGACAUGCUGUAUGAGCAAAGCAUCUCCAAUGCUUUUAUGAAACUCAUGCGCUUCAUCUGCAAGGAGAAUUCAACAGGACGGUACCUUGGCAUGUCAGUACCUGUUGUGAAUGAGAUUACGAUGGCCGACGACGGCACUAACUUCAUGAAGGACGUGUUGACGGCGUAUUAUCUGCCCGCUGAGUUCCAGGCCAGACCACCUGAACCAACCGACCCUGAUAUCAGAAUCGUUCACAGAGACGCGAUCCGCGUCAUAGCCAGGGUGUUUUAUGGCACCACAACGGAGGAGACCAUCUCUCAUCAGAUCAGCAUCCUUUGGGAGCUUCUGGGCAACUCCGAGGAUGUUCUCCGAGACCGCUACAUGGUAGCUGUUUACGAGAAUCCCGGCGUGCCCCAACGCAGAAAUGAGAUCUGGUUCGUUCGCCGUGGCUCGUGAACAUUUCACAGCUCGCCUGUUAAGACAGUAGAGACGUUUGAGUUGCUAAAUGUCUCGAAAUGAAGGGGCGGAGCUUGUCACAAUCAAAACCCAGUUAUCCUUUUGUAUUGUUGUGAGUGCGAUGCAGAAAACAUUUGUUUUUAAUCAGUGAAGUAAAGAAACUGCAGCUUAUUACACAACUGAUACAGAUUACACACUAACACUGUAUAUAGCCUGCUGCUGAUUCAGGGUCAACACAUGGAAGAGAUAUCAGUGGGUGACCUGGCAUUAUUUUUUAACUCGUAUAGUAUGAAGAUUAUUCAUUAUGCUUACUGUGUUUUUUCUGCUUGAUUUAAAUAUUAUACACAACUCGAAUUCACUUUCAUUGUUCAGUUUGUUUUAGUGCAGAAAAUUGUUUUUGCUAGGUUUUCCAUCGUGCCCUAACAUGGUGUUGUCGGCAAUGACUCGGAUAUUAUGAUAUUCACAACUGUGAACCGUAAAUCCUUCAAUGAUGGCAUUUUAGUUUGUUGUUUGCUUUAUAUGUUGAUAGAAAAACAAGUUCAGUUUUGAGAUUUGCAGCUGCUAUUAAGAUUCAAUACUUAUAUAUUUACAGUUAAUGAAAUUAAGUAGUCAAUUUUGUGUUGGAAAACUGUUGUAAAUUAAAAUAUGUUUUGUACUUUGUGUAACAGACUAUCAAAGCAUUUAUCAGACAAUCAUCAGCAAGAGCUUUUCCAUCUCUAAAACUCAGAAUCUUCUACAUUUUUAUCUUAUGGGCCAAUUAAAUUAUUACCUAUUAGAUAUUAGUAGGGUAUUACACAAAUAUGGCAGUGGUAUGCUUUUUUUUACGGGUAUGCUUGAUCUCUUUUCUAAAGAUGGAGUCUGCAAGUCUAGUAUAUCUAAAAACAGCUUUUUCUCCAAAUGAAUGGGAGCACCUGGCAAAAUAUCCCUUUGCAGCAGUAUUGUAUCUGAGCACUAUUUGGUCUCAAGGAUGUAAUUGCAUUUACUUAUCAGUGUAUUUUUUGUUGUUGUGUUGUAUGUAAUAUUGUACAAACGUAUGUAAAACAUCAGCGCAACUCUUUAAAGCACUGUUUUGCCAUUUGAUUCCUUGCUUUUGUUACAUUGAUGGCUUAGGUUGUACUUUUAAUUGAUAUUUGCCUUGUCGAAGUAUUUUAAAACUUGCACACACCCCCUCAAGUCUAUAUAAUAAUUCUAAUAAACUUUACUU